CUCCUCCUCUUUGCUAUCGAUGUCGUCUGUAAGGGUUUGAGGACAAUCCGAUAUGGUGACUCACUUGUUUUUAGGCGGGGUUCUUUAUCGUCUAUGAGCUGUCUGUUUUCAAGGAGAGUUAUGCCUCUUUAUGUGCUUAAUACCUUUAUGUUCAUAGCUCCGACGAGUUGAUUCAGUGUUCCUUUGAGUCUAUGUUGUAUCCUAUGUGUCGUGUGGGUGGUGUUGGAGCCUGUUGUACCACCUUAUGUUUGACCGUAACUCGCUUCCAUGUAAACAGCUGAUUCGGCUGAACUUUUGUCUCUCCGUCGAAAUUACUAGGAUUUGUUGGUCGAGGUCUGUUGAUGCCUACUCUAAGCCACACUUCGCCUUAUCCGCCGCCUCGUCGCCGUCGAACAGCCACCGACGCCGCCUCGUCUCCGUCCUAUCAACUUGUCCCACAUUCGCGAGUUGUUGUCAAGAUGGCAUGGCUUGUGGCUACUCUUUCACUGAUUGUUAUCUGGCUCGCUUCUAUAUUCAAAGUUUUCUUUGGUGCAACGUCUAGUUCCAAAACUGCGGUUCUUGAUCAUGGUAACAAGAGGAAUGUGUUGUUCGUCAUCGCACAUCCUGAUGAUGAGUCAAUGUUCUUUUCUCCAACAAUAAACUACUUAGCUUCCAAUGCCUACAACCUUCACAUGUUAUGCUUCUCCACUGGUAACGCUGAUGGUAUGGGAAGCAUUAGGAAAGAUGAGUUGCAUCAGGCUUGUGCAGUGCUUAGGGUUCCUCUUCAACAGUUAAAAGUUCUGGACCAUCCAGAUUUACAGGAUGGUUUUGGGCAAGUAUGGAGCCAUGAUUUGUUAGCAAAGAUCAUCGGUGAAGAAGUCGGUAAUCACGAUAUUCACACGAUCAUAACAUUCGACAACUAUGGUGUUUCUGGUCACUGCAAUCACCGUGAUGUGCACCACGGAGUAUUAAAGUUCUUGCAGACUAAUCCAGAAAGAAAUAUCAAAGCUUGGGAACUCGCAAGUCUUAAUAUCUUUCGCAAGUACUCUGGACCUAUCGACAUUUGGCUGUCAAUUUUAUCCUCAAAAAGACAUCCGAGCAAGGCAAUCAUCGUAAACGAGCAGCCAUGGAAAAGCUAUGAAGCAAUGGCCCAACAUUUAAGCCAAUGGGUUUGGUUCCGGAAGCUUUUUGUUUCAUUUUCAAGCUAUACAUACGCAAAUACACUUGAUAGGAUAAACCCUCAACCGGUUAACACUUGAUGACUGCCCUAUUCAUACAGCUCUUGUCGAGGCAAAGGCGAUACAGUUUUGAACAAAAAUGUAGCUUGUAAUGUUACUUUGCCUUUUUUUUUUUGGUUUGAAAAUCAAUAUUAUAAAUGGGGACAUUUACAUUUCUGAAAACUCCUCUCGUAUGUAAACACAACCACAACCUUAUAUUUCUUUCCUUUUGGAAUUUUAAACAAA